CUAACCUUGUGUGGUACACCUCGUUUGGUCAUUGUCUCCUGACAGCUCUCGUGUUCCCAGCAUUAAUCUCUUGUCUCUUGUGUCUCAGGUUGCCUCUUGCUUGGAUCCCAGUCCAAGCACUUCCUCAUUCUCUAAGAAAGACUCAAGUCAAACAUCCUGGCUCUCAUUGACCUGGAUCAUGUCCCAGACGCUCCCUCGUGCUCAGGUUCAGUCACCGUUCACUCUCAGCUUGGAUCCCGUUCUGAUGCUCCCCUAGUGUUACCAGGUCGGGCUGAAGACUCCACCAGACCACCUCCUGCAAACCACAAACCCCGAAGUUCCCUUGGUGUUACCAAGCCAGGCUAGGACCUCACUGGAUCUCCCCUGCUUCCUCCAGCUAUCCACUGAGCUUUGCUCCCACCAUCAGUGCUGCUUGGACCCCGCCUCAUUCCUACAGCUCGCCCACCAGCCACUCAGUCACCUGCCACCACCACGGAAGGUUACCCACUAAGUCCACCUCUCUGCUCCACUCCCCCCGGAGAGGUUUCCGAACUCGGCGGUAAGCUUUCCUUCACCCGCAAACUUCCCGUUGCAUUUGGCUGUGCCUAACGCUUCAUUCUCUCUGCCCGCAGAAUGAACCAGCCCCGUCUCGUGUCACCGUCUGGCGAUCUCCAUCGUGGUUCCUCCUCAGAUACUCCUUCGCACUUCCGUAUUUUUAAUAAACGCCUUAAACUGCUCUCUGCCUCCCGACUGUGUUCUGCAUGUGGGCCAAACACCUAAAAACCAUGACAAGAGCAUUGUGUAAUAGCACAACGUUUUGUUGAGUAGAUUUAUGCUCUGAGGGAACAAUAACAGGGCCCCUUCCUUUAAAUACUUAGCAUGACAUCUCUUUAUCUUCUCUAAUUACAUUUCUUAGGGCUGGAGCACAGAGAGAGAGGGAGAUCAUCGGGUUCUCUGGAGGAUUUAGAUCCUGGCACUAAGAAGUGAAACUCACAUAAUCUCUGUGACUGAGAGAAGAAAUGGAGCAGAAUCAGCUGGACCGAGAAACCUUAUCCUGUUCGAUCUGUCUGGACCUACUGAAGGAUCCGGUGACUAUUCCCUGUGGACACAGCUACUGCAUGAAGUGUAUUAAUACACACUGGGAUGGAGAGGAUCAGAAAGGAAUCCACAGCUGCCCUCAGUGCAGGGAGACCUUCAAACCGAGACCUGCUCUGAAGAAAAACACCAUGUUAGCAGCUUUAGUGGAGCAGCUGAAGAAGACUGGACUCCAAGCUGCUCCUGCUGAUCACUGCUAUGCUGGACCUGAAGAUGUGGCCUGUGAUGUCUGCACUGGAAGAAAACUGAAAGCCAUCAAGUCCUGUUUAGUCUGUCUGGCGUCUUACUGUGAGAAACACCUUCAGCCUCAUUAUGAUUCAGCUCCAUUAAAGAAACACAAGCUGGUGGAGCCCUCCAGGAACCUCCAGGAGAACAUCUGCUCUCGUCAUGAUGAGGUGAUGAAGAUCUUCUGUCGUACUGAUCAGAAGUGUAUUUGUUAUCUCUGUUUAAUGGAUGACCAUAAAGGCCAUGACACAAUCCCAGCUGCAGCAGAAAGGACAGAGAGGCAGAGAGAGCUCCAGGUGAGACGAGAAAACAUCCAGCAGAGAAUCCAGGACAGAGAGAAAGAUGUGAAGCUGCUUCAACAGGAGCUGGAGGCCAUCAACCACUCUGCUGAUAAAACAGUGGAGGACAGUGAGAAGAUCUUCACUGAGCUGAUCCGUCUCAUCCAGAAAAGAAGCACUGAUGUGAAGCAGCAGAUCAGAUCCCAGCAGGAAACUGUAGGGAGUCGAGUCAAAGAGCUUCAGGAGGAGCUGGAGCAGGAGAUCACUGAGCUGAAGAGGAAAGACGCUGAGCUGAAGCAGCUCUCAGACAUAGAGGAUCACAGCCAGUUUCUCAACAACUACCCCUCACUGUCAGCACUCAGUGAGUCUACACACUCAUCCAGCAUCAAGAUCCGUCCUCUGAGCUACUUUGAGGAUGUGACAGCAGCUGUGUCAGAGCUCAGAUAUCAACUACAGGACAUCCUGAGAGAUGCAUGGAUAAACGUCUCACUGAGACUCACUGAGGUGGAUGUUUUACUGUCAGAACCAGAACCAAAGAGCAGAGCUGGAUUCUUGAAAUAUUCACGUGAAAUCACACUGGAUCCAAACACAGCUAACAAUGAGCUGUUACUAUCAGAGGGGAACAGGAAGGUGACAAGGAUGAAUCAACCUCAGUCUUAUUCUAGACAUCCAGACAGAUUCACUGAUUAUUCUCAGGUUCUGAGUAGAGAGAGUCUGACUGGACAAUGUUACUGGGAGGUGGAGUGGAGAGAGGAUGUUUAUGUAGUAGUUGCAUACAAGAAUAUCAGCAGAGCAGGAAGGGGUGAAUGUGGAUUUGGAUUUAAUGACAAAUCUUGGGCAUUAAUUUGUUCCCAAAACAGUCAUGAAUUUGUUCACAACAGAAUCGGGACCUCCAUUUCAGGUCCAGUUUCCUCCAGAGUAGCAGUGUACCUGGAUCACAGAGCAGGUAUACUGUCCUUCUACAGCAUCUCUAAAACCAUGACUCUCCUCCACAGAGUCCAGACCACCUUUACUCAGCCGCUACAUGCUGGAAUUUGGGUUGGCCUUAGAGGUUCUGCUGAGUUCUGUAAACCCAAAUAGACAGAAUCCAUUGAAUGUUCAGUGAAUUUUGAUUCUGAUUUUUAAUUCUCCAGCAGAUUUAUUUUCUUGAUCAUUGUUUUAUGUCUAAACUGCACAGAAACCAAUAGUCAGAGAUUAUCAGAACUUGUUUUUCUUCAUAUCUGAUGUUCUGGUUUUGUUGAAUUUCUUCAUUUCUCAACAAUUUGGUCUAAAACAGCUAGUCAGCACCAGAACAUUUGCUUUUCUUUCUUCCAUGUUGCUUCCAGCAGCAAAAACUGUGAAUUCAGUAAUAAAUUGUCAAAUGUCAAUGAUUAAAAAAGUGGAACAAGUUCUUUGAUUGGGUUCUGGUUCAGAUGCAGGUAUCAAUGAAUCUAUCGAUUAUAUUUUUAUAUAAAUCAAUAGAUUUGUGGUUUUUUGUCAACGCUGAUUGAAUGUUUUCAAUUUAAAAUCUGGAUCUGUCUGUGAUAUAUUAAAUAAUUAUUUUUGUUCUUUGACAAUGUAUUUUGGGAAAAACUGGUUAGUUUUAAACUAAGAGCAACAUAUAUGCUCGUGCCUGUUAUGUUGCUAACAACAUGUUAUUUAACUUGUGGUGGGAACCUCUGACAAUGUGUUGUGGGAAAGACUGAUUCUGUAUUCUGAGUUUGCAAUAUUAUUUUGCUUCACACUGCUGAGAUGCUGGGAACGGUUUUUGUUUUGGAAACAUGUUUUGGAAACGGGACGAACAGCUCACAUGGGAGAGAGAACUGGCCACUCUCGCUCCCAUCUGAUACUUUGUUUAUGGGUAUAAAAAGGAGUGAACCGCCCUCAUUCGUUGAAGUCUGCCAUGGGUUGUGUGGACGCCCGGCCGCGUGGAUUGUGCUCUAACCGGACUGACCGACUUCCCAGUCCUAUACCAUGGUAAGAGAUGGAACAUCACGCCUGUUUGAAAGCUUGUCGGC